GAGAAACGAAGGGGUACGUGACGGUCUCAGCCGCACUGUUGGUGGAGAUCAUCGUGAGGAAGGCCCACAGGAGUGAUCAUUGCAAGCUAUCUCCGUUCUUAAAAACCAUAGUUGCUCUCGACCGCACGACAUAAUCACGAAGGGACAAGUCGAGGCUGUCUGUAAAUAGUUGCUCCGCCAAGAUGGACGUGUUAAUGAAGGGUUUGUCAAAAGCCAAGGAGGGUGUGGCUGUGGCUGCAGAAAAAACCAAGGAAGGUGUUGCUGUGGCUGCUGAGAAGACUAAAGAAGGAGUUAUGUUUGUAGGUAACAAGGCCAAAGACAGCGUGGGAACAGUGGCUGAGAAGACCACUGGAGCGAUGGAGAACAUUGCUGCCGCCACUGGCCUCAUCAAGAAGGAUGAAUUCCCAUCUGACAUAAAUCCUGAGGAAUACGGGCAGGAGGCUAUGGAGGGCCAGUCAGAGGGAAUGCUGGAGCCAGAAGGAGAGACAUAUGAUGACACCCAGCAGGAGAGUCAAGACUACGAGCCAGAAGCAUAAAAGCAUCAGUGCGAGCCACUAUUCAACCAGCAGCACAACAUUAUUUAUAAUAAUAAAGGACAAAUACUAUUCCAAUUAUUCUCCUGUUUGAAAAAACCUACAAAAAGACAAGAAUCCCCACUGAAAAAUGUUCUUCCUUCAAGAAAAGAAAUCUUUUAUGAUUAUAUAUUGUAAAUGUUCUUAACGUAAUGUGUUGGGUGUCGGUAAUUAUUGAGAUGUAGGACUGUCCCUCACUGUCUCAUUUCCUUGAUUCCCUCCCAAUGAAAUGAGACCAGAAGCAGGGCUUGUGAAUGUGUAUUUUGUGUGUAUAUGUAUUUAGAAAUGUGUAAUAGAUGUUCAUCAACUUCCAAUGAGACAUUGGGAACAGAAAAAAGUCUAAGUUGCAAGCAGAUAUUAAUACAAUAUCCUCUUUUAAGUGUCGACAAUGCCUGUUUGUUUCCUUUGGGAAUUUUUUUGAAUGUUUUUGAAGUAAGAUUUUUUUGAGUUUAUUUUUUACUUUGUAUCUUUCUAGUUGCUCGUGAAAUCAUUCCAGUAAACUAUCUGUUGGACAUGGAAAGUAUACAUGUUUGUAUGUGGGUGUGUUUGUGUGUACUGACGAUUUUAACAACUUAAAGUUACGAUAUUAUGUCUUGAAAUCAUAAUGGUUGUCAUAUCAAAAAUGUGCUUUAAAAUGCAGGACUUGUCAAUAAAAAGGUUUGUGUUAAGCCAAACAUGCAAAUCCUCUGUAAAUAAAAAGUGAGAAAUGAAAA